UAAUUAUACUGUUAUCUCAUUGUCAUAUAAAAGUUAACAGUGGUCAUAUAAAGCAUAAACAGUUAGGCAAAAUAUAAAAUAAUAUAUAUGUAAAAUGGCUGAUACUACCGUUACAUUAGCAACAUAUAAUUUGGUUUUGACUGGGAGUAGCAGUUGUUUGUCAAUUCUUGGAGGAAUUGUUAUAUUUUAUACAUACUACAAAUUGCAGGCAAUACGUAACUUUACUCGGACAUUGCUCGUUUACCUAACAUUAGCGGACGUUCUCGUGUCUGUCGGACAUUUAAUCGCGGUAAUACGGUAUUCAUGUGUAUACAGUGGAACUCCAAAAACAGAAAAUUGCACUGCCAAUAAAACAACCGAAUAUGAGGCUAUAUGUAUUGGACAAAGUGUUUUGACAACUUUCUCUAGCUUGGCGUCGUUUCUAUGGACGAGCGUGAUAGCAAUACAUAUCUGGUCGUCUGUUGUAAUAAAAACGCACAAAACCGAGGCGCAUUACAUGCACGUGAUAUACCACGUGGUUUGCUGGUUUACACCUUUAAUAAUAGUGUCGAUAUUGUUACACAAGGACUAUCUGGGUGAAGAUUACUGCUACGGUACCGGGGUAUGGUGUGGUAUUAAAAGUAACCUACCACAGGGUGAAAUAGAAAAAUGGAUGUACAUUGCCGAUAUCGGCUGGCAGCUGGCCUGCUAUCUCUUCACGUGCUUCCUGUAUAUUCAUCUCAAAUUUUAUCUUAAAUUACACCGCAGACCAAUAAAAUUGAAGUCAAUAACAGAUAAACUACGGAAUGAGGAUGUCAAUUUUGUCGCUGUGUGGAUGGUGAUUUAUCUUCUGAGACUUUGGGGCUUUGCUCGAUUCUUUAUAACAACGUAUUCGGAUCAAAAUACAUUGCAGCAACAUAACAUGAGCAGAUUUCUGAAUUUUUUGCUUAUAAUGCAAAGUUACGGAGACAGUGGUCAAGGGUUUUGGAACUUUAUUCUAUUUUGUGUUUUUGACAAGCCAGUGAGAAGAUAUUUAAACACGUGGCUUUUUCGAAAUUCAGAGGAACCUGAAAGACGGCGGUUACUGAGAGACACAUAAAUCAACACAUAAAUCAACACUACAAUGUAGUUAUAGAGUGCUUUAUCAUUCUGUAAAGUUACAGAAAAACACAACAUUAAUUUAACGUAAACACAUAACUGUAUAAGCUCACCAAUAGUUAAAAUAUGAAUAUACAUGUACAUGUUUUGGUCCCUUUCCCAUUUUUUGUGGAAAACGGCAAAGAGGGUGCACUUCUUUUGCGUGUUUUAUUUUUCUCCACCUCAAACAUAGAAAUAAUACCAGAUCAGUAUAUUAUACAUUGUAUCUUUAUAUGGUAUUUGUUAUAUUUUAUUAAGAAAUAAAACUUAGAUAUGAUUAAGAAA